ACGUUCAACAGCUUCUGGGACAAGUUAUCUACUCACCUCGAGACACCAAAGGCACCGGCGGUGGAGAGUAAGCGGAGGGAAGAGAGACGGGAGAUGAGCGGGCCCUCCAUGGGCGCUCCUUUCACAGCCACACACGAUGGGCCUACCCGGGCUGAAGACCACCAGGAAUAUGCUCCUAGAGCAUUGGCCACCAACGCGGAGGAUCUGACGUUGCAAGCUGCAACUGCCCAUCG